GCCAUUACAGGCAAUUCCGACAAAAAAGGAGAUAUAAUGCAUGGAAUUCCCAUGCCACAGUUUUCUUUUGAUGCUGAAGGUUUAUCGUCCACGGCUGCUGUAGAUCCAACACAUUCGCGCGGAAAGAAUGUCACAGCUACCGACCUUGAGGCGCUUUUACAUAAAGCUCUCGAUAGAGCUAGUGGGGAUGACAUAGGAGGCGGAACUGCCUCUGGUGGUGGAGAGGAUAUGGUAGGUAUAUGACACAAUAAAAUACAAUGCAACAUAAUACAACUGAUAAAAAUACAAUCCAAUACCAUACAAUACAAUACAGUACAAUGUAAUACAAUAUAAAAAAUACAUUGCAAUGCUAUAUAAUGCAAUGCAAAACAAUACAAAGCAAUACGGUAAAAUGCAUGCAGUGCUAUGAAAUAUAAUGCAAUACAAUACAUUACAAUGCAAUGCAAUGCACUACAAUACAAUACAGCAACACAAAACAAAACAUUACAAUACAAUGCAAUGCAAUGCAACGCAAAGAAAUGCAAUGUUUUACAAUACAAUGGAUUGCAACCUAAGGCAAUGCAACGUCAUACAAUACAAUACCAAGUUUACUUUGAUACAUAUACAAAGCUAUGCACCAUGCAUCACCUACCAAAUCCAACUUCAACUACGCACCAAUUACUUUUUCUAUAGCCUACGUGUAGCCGCACCCUCCCCCCGACAAAGGAAAAACGUUUUUUCUUUGUUGGGAGGAAGGUGCGGCUACACAUAGGUUACUUUUCCUAAGGAGUCAAUUUGUGGAACAAAGGACCAUUCGUUACUCUAAAAGAUUUAUUAAGAUUAACUUUCUGUCUCCCUUAGCAAAUACAAACUGGUAAUUACUGCACGUUCAAAACACACCCUAAAAAAAAGUAUAUUAUGUACGAAAAAAUUAAAACCUCACUCACUCACUUACUCCAUCACUGAAAUUUGAUUUUCUACAGUAACUGCGUGUCUUCUUGCGCUUAAGGCCACACAAGGAUAUUCACAUAACUUCUUUCGAAUGCCAGAUGCCAAGUUUCUUACAGUAGCUCAUGGUUUUCUUCCCUGAUAAAUAUAAGUAAAUUAUCGUUCUCUAAUUAGACAGACAAUUCUUGUUUAGAAGUGUUCCUUCUUUAUUAUCGCUUUUCCUUCAGGAAGAUGAAGAUGAAGAAAAAGAGGACACCAAUACGUCUUUCCCACCGAAAGUCAGUGAGUCCCCCCAACAUCAGCAUCUUUCUUUUCACGGCGCGGACAAGAGAAACGGGACAUUUGUAGAUUAUCCUAAGAAACGAAGGCUUCCGGAAAACAGUGAACACUUUGAAUCAGGAAGACAGAGUGCAAAUUACUAUCGCGAUGAUUUUGCCAAAGAAUUCAGGCAAAGAGAAAGAAGUGCUGAUAAGAAUGAUGAAGAAAAGAUAAGCGAACCUUUUCAUGGAAACCUUUUAAAGGUUGCUGACCCUAAGAAAUCGAACUUAACAGACAGUGAUGAUGCUUUUAUGGCCAACGAAAUAUUUGCUGAAAAUAUCGGUGAUAAUGAUUCCCAAGUCGAAUCUAACAAAUUCAAGGCAAACCAAUCGCUGUUUAAUGGACCACGAUCACCAGACAUGAAUUCAAGGUUUGAAGACACUGAAGUCGAGAAUGGCGGCGAAACAGCCAACCCUGUUGUGGAAAGCUCAAAAAUGACAGUUACAGGGGAAAACAAAUCUAGAAAAAGAACAAAAGAACAAGCCGAAGUACUGGGAAGCGGGGAUCAGCUAGAUGAGGAAACCCGACUUAGAGGAGAUGCGGGUAAGGAUGAAUCACCGGACGUUUCUGUCCUUGAUGAAGAUUAUGGUUCCGGGGAGAACAGCGGUCAAUAUGUCAAGGAAAUUGUUCAAAGUCCUGAAAACGACCAAGGAAGAUACCAUAACAAAAUGGCAAAACAAGAUAAUAUUAUCCAGGAAUCGGCAAAUGCGGUAUCAGGAGAAAAAAUCGAUGGAAAAAAAGCUGUGAACAACGCGGGGAAUUACAAGGAGGCAAAACUAAAUGGAGCGCCUUUUGAAAAAAAUAGGAAGGACGCAUUGAAAUCAGAUGAGGCCAUUGAUGCUAAUAUAUCAAAAAGCAAGCUUGCGAACAAGGCUGACAUCGAUACUCCUAAAAUAACUGAGGAACAUUUGGACCAGGGCUCUACAGUAGAAAACCUCAAUGAAGAUUCUAGGGAGGACUUUGACCCAUCGAGGACCCAGUCUGUCUCAAGCUAUCCUGAAACUACCAUUUCAGGAAAAGAUGAUGGAAAACUUUACAACUUACCGGACGAGCAGACUAAUUUUCAGGAUUUCCAAAGAAACCAACUAGGCAAUCCGGGUCAGCCUGUUAUUAAUGCGACAGAUGACAAUUCAGGUGAAAAUACCCUUGUCCAGGAAACAAUGGAAGAAAGUUCUAGGGCACAAGAACAAGGCCCACUGAGUGACAACACAAGUUUUAUAGACGCGCCCUCCUCAACUGAUGAUACGAAUUCAGCGGAGAUGGAUACAGAAGGUACACAGUUGUCUGAUCUCUAUGGGGUGUCCUCUCGCGAAAACACCACUGUAGAUGAUGAUUCCGACGAGAUUCCAGUGUACAUGUUAUCGUCACCAUCAAGUACUAAGGAUUCGUUCAAUGGAGAGGAAAGCACUGGGUCACCCAUCUUUACAGCUCCGACGUCAUCUCUGUCGACUUCAUCUUCAUUCUCAUAUUCUGAACCGUCGACGCUCACACUGGGUGAUGGUUCAUUUUCUUCAAUAGACGAUCCCUCCGAAGGAGAUCAAUCCACUUUUCCGAGAGAAAGAAGUAAGUGGUAGAGGAAAAAAAAGAAAAAAAAAAGCUUAACACACAAUUCUGACCUAAGUGUGUCCUUUUUGCUAUUGACACAGAAAUGGUAUUUGAGUCGAGCCAGGCGAUUUCUCGUGUUUUUUCUUACUUUUUUAAGUGGCAGCCUCUAUAAGUGUUUUACAUUUCCACGCCUAUCUGUAAACCAAAUUUCUAAUUAAACAAUUUAAUAUUACGGGAUUAAACCACCUUAUGCUGAUCUCGUUGUCUAAAAAUGCAAUUGAAAACAUUUCCGUUGGAGCCACGCAGACCCUAGCCUGAAUUUCAGACGUCCCUUACAUACUCCCGAAAGAGUAGGCGACUUUAAGGGAUGUCUGAAAUUCAGGCUACGCGGGAGUUUUCGUUUCGGUAAAUAUUUCAGAGAAAGUAUCAAAUUGGACACCUUUCCCCUACACUUACCCAGACUUUCAUGAAUUCAAGUAUUUCACAUUCAUGUUAUUUGUCCUCUCUAGUUGGAUUUCAAAAAGACAUGCUUGAUGACCCGGUAGAGGAGUCCUUAGACGCCGCUGUUGACACUAGAAGAUCCAACGUGGCAGUUUCUCGUGAGACGGUUGCUGACAGUUAG